AUGGCGACGCAGAAGAAGGAUUGGAACUCGAUUGAUCAUUUUUUCAACUACACUCGGGGGCGUUUCGUUGUCAACGAGGUCGAGGAAAUGCAACAGCGAUAUGUUCGCUUUGAUAUGAAUGAACUUGCUCGAUUGGCUGCAAAUGCUGUAGGGGCAAAAGAGGUCAUCAAUAUCGAAAAAUGUGCCGAAGGCCUAUUCAACAAAGCUUUUUUGUUCACCUUUGAGGAUGGGAGACAAGCGGUUGGCAAAGUCCCUAAUCCAGUUGCCAUCACACCGCAUCUCACAACUGCUAGCGAGGUUGCAACAAUGGAGUUUAUGAGAACUGUACUCCAGACACCAACCCCGCGAGUCUAUGCGUGGAGCUCAAAGGCUGAUGAUAGCAAUACCGUGGGAGUGGAAUUUAUCAUUAUGGAGAAGAUUGUAGGUAUUCCUUUGGGAAAAGCCUGGGAACAUCUUUCAGGCAGUGACAAGAUGAAACUUCUCAUUAAUAUCUUCAGGUAUCAGAAUCAAUGGACGUCUGUUGCAUUCUCACGAUUUGGAAGUCUGUACUAUGCAAGAGAUGUAGAAACUCUGCCCGCGGAUUGUCUAUAUAUGGACAAGAGAGGGAAUAAAGUCCAAAAUCCCAGAUUUGUCGUGGGACCGGCUUCUCAUGAUGAGUGGUUUUUACAUGGGCGGGGUGCUCUUCGCUGUGAUCGAGGCCCUUGGAAUACGGUUAUGGAAUAUAGAAAGGCAAUUGCCAAUCGUGAGAUCCAAGCCGCUCGAUCGUUGCAGUUCCCCAGGCAGACACUACUAAUAUACGGACCACGCCCACUCUAUUUGCCUACCGUCGAGAAAAAGGUGAAGGCAUUAGAGUCUUCUUUGAAAUCCUUAGAAGUUUUCCUACCGAAUGACCCAGCUCUGCUGAAAGCCCAUCUCUGGCACACUGACUUUCACCACGAGAACAUAUAUGUGAACCCGGAGAAACCUACCGAAAUAACUGGAAUUAUCGACUGGCAAUCUACCCCUAUUACACCACUGUUUGACCAGCCUUUAGACCUUCCAUUUGUGAACUAUGAUGGCCCAGAUGUUGGCGACAACCUUGAAAUCCCUGUAUUGCCUGAUAAUUUUCAAUUGCUACAAAGCACUGAGAAAAAGGCAGUACACAAGGAUUACAUGGAUAAGUCUGCGGUGGUUGCAUGGCGCCUUCUAUUAAAACACAAGAACCCGGGUUAUUAUAAUGCCGUCCUGUUUAAACACACUGCUAUUGGUCUAUCUCUUGACUUGUCUCGUCAAAUUUUUACAAUUGGAGAGUCCUCUCUCCUCACUAUAUAUUCACAGAUGGGAGAAGACUGGCAGGAAUACGCCCCCAAAGGUCCAGAUGCAAACCAUGUCCCAUUCCCUCUGAACUUUUCGCCGGCCGACAUUGCAGAAAUCGACGAUGAUGAAGAAGCGACCAGUCGCAGCACGAGAAUUGCAACGCAGAUAAAAGAGCAUCUGGGGCCAUUAUAUCCGUACAAAGGCGUCAUCGAACAUGAAAACUACGAAGAAGUCAAGAAGAUCCUCGAAGAAAUCAAAGAGGAGGUGAUUGAGCAUCUUUACACGGCUGCAGACGACAUUCGAAUUUUUGCCCAUCAGUGGCCAUACAGGGAUUAG